GGCUUAUCCACAUUACGAAAAGUUUGAGGCCCCAAUUUUAAUUGUUUAGUGACACUGCAACGAGACAACAAAUCGGUAAAAUGGGGUUCCCAUUAAUUUUCAAAACUGCUCUUUUGGUAUUUGUUUUAGGCGUAAUUUUAGUGAACGACACGUUACAUAAAAGCAUAUACAAUCAAAUCAAGUCACUUUUGGGGAUUGGGACAAAACCACGUCAUACUAACGAUUCCUGCCUGGAGAGAGAAAUAAUUGCGGAUCCGGACGAUAUCACCUUCUUCUACCAAUGCUUUUGGGCUGAAGAUCCAACUUGUGAGUGUCACUACUGGCACAUUAUGCACCUAGAAUGCCCCUCAGGAAGUUACUUCAAUCAAGCACGGGGAGUGUGUGCAGAAAAUUUUGAAGAAUAAACAUUGAAUCAAGAAAAUUGGACCAGUUUCGUAAAAUUUAUUUAUGCUUCGAAACACUCGAAUUAUUAAAAUUUUUGUCAGUAUACUCUAAAUAAAAAUAA